AUGUCAUCAUCACACGAACAUAUCUUGUCUAUUAUUGGAACUCGAACAAUUUUAAAUUUAUUUUGUAAAGUCUUAUUUCGUUUUCUACAUUUUAUCCUAAAUGGUCUUAUUAUUCGUCAAAUUGACGUAAAUAUAAUUGGCAUAGCAAAUGUACGUCUUCAAUUACUUUAUACAACAAUAUUAUUUUUAUCUCGUGAAUCAUUUCGUCGUACAGUACCAAAAUUAAAUGAUUUACGUUCGAUUCAUCAUUAUAUUAAUUUAACAUGGUUCAUUAUUCCAAUUGGUUUAUUUAUAAUAUCAGUGACACUUCCAUGGACAUUAUUUAUUCAAACAAAUAAUGCAGAAGAAUAUCCUUUUUAUUAUAAAGCAUGUUCAUUUUAUGCUCUAGCUGCAUUUAUUGAACUUUUAUCUGAACCAUUUUAUUUAUUAGCUACUGUAACACUUAAUUAUCAUAUUAAUAUUUACAUUGAGAUGUUUGCUUCAACUGUAGGAUUUACAAUUCAAGCAAUUUUAGUAUAUAACAAUGGUGAAUUAGCACUUUAUUAUUAUGGUUUUGGUUAUAUAAUAUAUUCAUUAUUAAUAACAUUAAGUUAUUUUAUUUAUUUUAUAAGUUGUAAAAAAGAAGAACGUCAAGAUUUAUUUAUAAUAUCAUCAUUUAAAGAUUUAAUGAUAAAACCAACAUAUCCAUAUGUUGAUUCUAAAUUAUCAAAUGAAACAAAAACAUUUUUUUGUCAAGGAAUUUGGAUGAAAUUUUUAACUGAAGGCGAAAGAUAUAUAAUGUCUUUAUUUAAUCUUGUUUCAUAUAAAGAUCAAGCUAUAUUUGAUACAAUUAAUAAUUUAGGUUCACUUUUACCACGUUUAAUUUUUUCAACAUUAGAAGAAAGUGCUUAUGCUUAUUUUCAACAAACAUUAUCAAGAACUAAAACAAUUAAUGAUCAACAUAUUCAAGAUGAUCAAAUGUUAACUCAUGCAAGACAAGAUGAACUAUAUCAAAAGGAACAAUCAUCAUCAUCAUCAUCGUCACCAUCAGGUAGAUUUUUUAGAGAUUUUCACAUUUAA